UCAUUAUCAUCAUCUUCAUCAACCCAAAACCAUAACCAUAAACAAAAACCUAAAAAACAUCCUUCAUUUCUUUUUCAUCCUUUUGUCUUCUCACUUACUAAAGUCCCCCUUUCAUUUUUUUUUCUUCCUUCUUAUUAACCUUUUUUUCCUAUGAAUAAAGAUAAUUCUUUUUAUUUUUUUUUGGUAUGAAAUCAUCUUGACCUUAAAUUUAAUCAUCUACUAACUCUUUUAACUCAAAAACAAAAAAAAAGAAGAUAAAAAAGAGUGUUAGAUGUUUCAGCCAUGGAGUUAACCAACAACAACAACACAACUAUUAGUACUAUUACUACUACUACUACAGUGAAAACCCCAGAAGCUGAAAUUGAAACCCCAACUCAGAUCCAGAAACUGAAACCUUUUCCUUUUAGUAAUGGUGUUCUGAAAAGGAAAAGUUCAUUUAACCAUAACAAUCAUCAUCACCCUGUUGUGGUUAUUUACAGAGAGUGUUUGAAAAACCAUGCUGCUAGUUUAGGGGGUCAUGCUGUUGAUGGGUGUGGAGAAUUUUUGCCGUCUCCUGCAGCGAACCCAUCUGACCCAACUUCACUGAAAUGUGCUGCUUGUGGGUGUCACCGUAAUUUUCACCGACGUGAACCGGAAGAACCAGUUGUGAUUCCACCGCCACCUAUUGCAACUGCGGUGCUUGAGUAUCAACCUCAUCAUCGUCAUCAUCCACCUCAUCCUCCACCACCUCUGCAGGGGGAACAUAGUAGUCCGAAUUCACCAUCUCCACCGCCGAUUUCGUCGGCUUAUUACCCAGCUUCUGCACCACACAUGCUUUUAGCACUCAGUGCUGGGUUUUCUGGGGAGAAAAAUCAGAACCCGACAUCAGCUCCGUUGGGUCAUUCUAACGGGAGGAAGCGUUUCAGAACGAAAUUCACUCCAGAUCAGAAGGUGAAAAUGCAGGAAUUUGCUGAGAGAGUUGGGUGGAAAAUGCAGAAGAGAGAUGAAGAUCUGGUGAGCAAUUUCUGUAACGAAAUUGGAGUUGAAAAAGGGGUUUUAAAGGUAUGGAUGCACAAUAACAAAAACACUUUCGGGAAGAAAUCAGAUCAACCCAACUCCGGCUCCGGCGACGGCGACAACGACAACGACGACAACCACCACCAGAAUGCUACAUCAGCAUGAAAGUAACAACAACAAUGACAACAAAAAAGGCAUAAUCCACCAUCUUCACACAAGUGAUAGUGUUGUUGCAACGAAUGGGUCGUCUUCUUCAUCUUGAUCUAAUUAUAUAUGCACAAAUAAAGUUUUAACUAGAAUUAGUGCAAGAAAGAGAAAAAUUCCGAGGCUGGUUACUAUUAAUCACGUUUAUUUUUAUUUUUUUUUCUUCCAAUUAGAACUGUUUUUUUUUUUUUAUGCUUUGUUGUUAAGGAUUAGUGCUCAGCUUGAUGAGGAUUACACUGGAAAAUCAAGAUUGUUCCAAUGAGCAAUUUAAUUUGUUAAUUUUUCUUUCUUUUGCUUACCGCUGGCCUUGUAUAUUAAUUAUGCUACUUAAUUACUAUAAUCUCAUUCCAUUAAGAAACUUAGCUAUUGAGCAUUGA